AGGAAUCUUACAGACAAAUACAUAAAAUAUGUAUUUUAAACUCCAACUAUAUAAACCGUAUGAAAACACUCUAAAUAAUCAAGAUGAGCUCACAUGAGAGAGGAGAAUUACAAUCAAAAUUAACUUUAAGGAGGAUAAAUCAAACUGAAAAAAAUUUUAAUCUUUUAUAUGACGGUGCAAGAUCCUUAGCUCAAAAAGAAAAUAAGGUUCGAGAUAAAAUAGAUAACAUUGCAAAAAUUUUUAAACAAAUCUCCGACAAUGAGCAACAUAACAAUUCUACGGCGAAGACGUUGGAAACGAUUGCUAAUAAUGUAACUUAUUUAGCAGAUCAUCAUACCUUGAAAAUUCAAAGAAUCGAGGAAAAUUUUCUUCAAGAUUUGAUGCAGUAUCAAAUUAUUUGUCGUAAUGUAAAAGAAGAAAUUAAGAAUCAAAUUUCAAUUCGCGAUCGGGAGUUGAUAAAACGUAAGCAGUUGGACGUACCACGUCAGAUGGAAAAUGAAAAUAAAGUUAUGAUAUCAAAUAUGCAAAUAUCAAAAGCCUUAAAAGAGAUUGUGUUCAUAUCGGAGCAGUUUGAAGCACAGAAAAUAACUGACUUUAAAAAUAUUUUAAAGAAUUUUAUUUUAAUCGAGAUGAAAUAUCAUACUUCGUGUUUGGAAGUUCUUUCGAUCUUACACAAUAAUGUGGAGACAUUUAAUGAACGACAAGAUAAUGAGCAUUUUAAAAAGCAGUUUCAACAGAACGAUCGAAUUAGUCCCCCUUUUAUUCUCAGUAAAAUAAAAUCACAAUCCCUUGGAGCUCUUUCAUCAAUAUUAAAUAGAAAGGCAUUUCGAGAAAAACCUUUAUCUAAACGACAUUUAAAGCUCUUCAGUCAGAGUUUAGUAUCAUUGAAUUCACUGGAUAAUAAUAGCGAAAAUGAAGUUAGAAAGGACAGUCAUCCACAAAUAAUUAAUUUAAAUGAAUCUAUCGAUGGAAAUAAAUCAAGCGAUUCAGAAGUAACUGACUCAACUGAAAAUCCGAAAAAGGAUAUUGAUUCAAACCAUGAUGGAAUUCAUAAGCAAUUUAAUUUUCUAGAAUAAAGUAGAUUAAGUGUUUUGAAAAAUUAUUAGAGGAUUCAUUAAAAUAUUCAACUUAUUGUUUGAUCAAUAUUCAUGAGAAAUAACAAAAUGAUGAAAUAAGUUCAGAAC